UCAGUUUCUGCAACUCCCGCUUCCCGUUCCCGCACGGGAAGCAGAAAUGGCCAUCUCCUCCGCCCUCUCAUUCCUCUCCGAUCGCAAGCGCCCCAUCGCGAUUUCCGUCGCGCUCUUCAUCCUCCUCUCCUCCCUCUUCCUCCUCCUCAGCCCUGCCCCUUCCGCCCUCCCCUUCUUCUUCCCCACCUCUCGCUUAUCCUCCUCCUCCUCCUUCUCCCCGGUCGCCGCUUCCGCUUCCGCUUCCGCGCCGCCACAAACCCCAAUGCCCGUCUCCGGUUCAGCGGCGCCCCAAACCCCAAUUCCGGUCCCCGCCGACGCGUCUCCACCCGAAACCCCAGUGGGCAUAUCUGGCAGGAGCGGCAACGGCUCCGCCGAUCUACCCCCAGCAGACACAGCCGCCUCCGCCGCCGCCAACGCUCUCCCACAACACCACAGCUCGCCACCCCCGGCCGCUGCAGAAGUGAGUACAUCGGCCGACACAAAGGAGAUCCCCACCGGCGUCUCGGGCGGCCGAGGUGCAGAGGGGGGAGGCGGCGGCGGCGGCGGCGGCGGCGGCGGCGGGGAGGAGGAGCCAGCGGAGUUGCCGUCGUGGGAAUUGUGCGCGGUGGGGAAGCGGGUCGAGCCCGUGGACUACAUACCGUGCCUGGACAACGUGAAGGCGGUCAAUGCGCUCAAGUCGAUGCGGCGCAUGGAGCACCGGGAGCGGCACUGCCCCACGGAUCCGCGGCCGAGGUGCCUGGUGCCGCUCCCCGCCGGGUACCGGCUUCCUCUGCCGUGGCCGCGCAGCCGUGACAUGAUCUGGUAUAACAAUGUACCUCACCCAAAGCUAGUGGAAUACAAGAAGGACCAGAACUGGGUAAGGAAGUCUGGUGAUUAUUUUGUUUUCCCUGGAGGUGGAACUCAAUUUAAAGCAGGCGUGACCAGAUACAUUCGAUUCAUUGAACAGAUCAUGCCACAAAUUAAAUGGGGGACUCAUACAAGAACUGUGCUGGAUGUUGGAUGUGGCGUUGCCAGCUUUGGUGGAUACUUGCUUGACAGGAAUGUCAUUACUAUGUCUUUUGCCCCAAAAGAUGAGCAUGAGGCUCAGAUACAAUUUGCACUAGAGCGGGGAAUUCCAGCAUUGUUGGCUGUGAUUGGAACACAAAAGCUUCCCUUCCCUGAUAACGCAUUUGAUGUGAUCCAUUGUGCAAGGUGCAGGGUCCACUGGUAUGCUGAUGGUGGAAAACCAUUAUUGGAGCUCAAUAGAGUACUCAGGCCUGGAGGAUAUUACAUCUGGUCUGCGACACCUGUCUAUCGACGUGGCAAGAGAGAUGAAGAUGACUGGAAUGCGAUGGUUACUCUGACCAAAUCGAUCUGCUGGAGGACAGUUGUAAAAUCUAAGGAUGUUAAUAGGAUUGGUGUUGUUAUUUACCAAAAGCCGACCACAAACUCUUGCUACAUUGAGAGGAGAAAUAAUGAACCGCCGCUAUGCUCUAGGAUGGAUGGCCAUUCUCCUUGGUAUACUCCUCUUGAUAGUUGCCUCUUGUUGCCUGUUUUGUCAACUUCACGUGAAGAAAAGGGUUGGCCCAUUUCAUGGCCUGAGAGGCUUAAGAUGAGAUAUUCAACUACAUCCAGCAAUUUUUCUAUUCAGUUUUCUCAAGAAAAAGUUGAUUCUGAUACAAAGCACUGGAAUGGGCUUGUUUCUGAAGUCUAUUCCAAUUACCUGGCAGUUACAUGGUCUAGUAUUUGCAAUGUUAUGGAUAUGAAUGCUGGCUUUGGAGGAUUUGCAGCAUCACUCAUCGAUCGACCUUUAUGGGUAAUGAACGUUGUACCCUUUGAUCAGCCCGAUACUUUGCCUAUCAUUUUCAACAGAGGUUUGAUUGGUGUAUAUCAUGACUGGUGUGAAUCUUUUAAUACGUAUCCACGAACCUAUGAUCUACUUCACAUGAGCUAUCUGCUUCAGAGCCUCACAAAUCGGUGUGAUAUCAUUGAAAUAGCAGUGGAAAUUGACAGGAUACUUAGACCUGGGAGAUGGUUUGUGUUGCAAGACACUAUAGGAAUGAUUAGAAAGAUGGACCGAGUUCUUCGCUCUCUGCAUUACAAGACUGCUAUCGUUAAGAGGCAAUUUCUUGUUGCCAGAAAGGGUUUUUGGCGCCCUGACAGUACAAGUUCUUAGUCGCGGUGAUUCCUGCUUCUCCUUCAGAUGAUUGGUAAACAAAUGCACUCUGACAUUACAGGUUCUUAGUGGUGGUAAUUCCUGCUUCUCCUUCAGAUGAUUGGUAAACAAAGCGCCCUGACAGUACAGGUCCUUAAUCGUAUGAUUCCUGCUUCUCCUAGAUGAUUAGUAAACAAAAGUGACACCUAUUCUUUGGAUUUUGAUUGCAUUGGUUCUUUGUGUACCACAUAUGACAGUCAGGCAGCCCCCAUAGAAAGGGAAUUAGUUUGUUGGUCUUUUUCUUGGGUUGUUUGCAGUUAGUGCGAUUGUUCCUUUGAGUUUGAUGAGCAGAAGUUUACUGUGCUACAAAUUUAAGCCUAUGACUAGUAAUAGCGAAUAGCUUAGUACUAGCAAUUUUGUUGGUGCUUGAACAGAAACAUUUCUUGUACUUGCAGGACUAUGCUGUAACGAUAUUUUAUUUGAGUGAUA